UCCAUGUGGAAGACUAAGCGGAGUACCGUGAAGGGCUACUUCCUAGCCGGAGGGGAAAUGGUGUGGUGGCCGGUGGGGGCUUCUCUGUUUGCGAGUAACGUUGGCAGCGGGCAUUUCAUCGGCCUGGCGGGCUCUGGGGCUGCGUCUGGAAUCGCUGCCACAGCCUACGAGUGGAAUGGCAUGUUCUGUGUCCUGGUCCUGGCAUGGCUGUUCCUUCCCAUCUACAUGGCUGCUGGGGUUACAACCAUGCCAGAAUACUUGCAGAAACGGUUUGGUGGCAAAAGGAUACAGAUCUUCCUAGCGAUUCUCUACUUGUUUAUCUAUAUAUUCACCAAAAUCUCAGUCGACAUGUAUGCUGGGGCCCUGUUCAUCCAACAAGCCUUGCACUGGGAUCUCUACGUGGCUGUUAUCGGCUUGCUGAUAAUCACAGCAAUUUAUACUGUGGCAGGUGGCCUGGCAGCAGUGAUCUACACGGACACCCUGCAAACAGUCAUCAUGCUGGCCGGUGCCCUGACUCUCAUGGGUUUCAGCUUUGCCAAAGUUGGAGGGCUUGAGGAUUUGAAGGACCGGUACUUCAAGGCCAUUGCCAAGAGCCACCCUGGAAACAGCAGCUGCGGCUUGCCGAGGGAAGAUGCCUUUCACAUCUUCAGGGACCCUGUGACUUCUGACCUCCCAUGGCCAGGGGUCUUGGUUGGAAUGACCAUCCCGUCUCUGUGGUACUGGUGCACAGACCAGGUCAUUGUUCAAAGGUCACUUUCAGCCAAGUCCCUCUCUCAUGCCAAGGGAGGGUCCUUAUUGGCCUCCUACCUGAAGGUCCUGCCUCUCUUUAUGAUGGUUUUGCCCGGCAUGAUCAGCCGCAUCCUCUUUCCAGAUCUGGUGGCUUGUGCCGAUCCAAAAGCCUGUGAAGAUAUCUGCGGCAACCCAUCUGGAUGUUCGGACAUUGCUUACCCAAAACUUGUCAUUGAACUUCUACCAAUAGGGCUCAGAGGACUGAUGAUGUCAGUGAUGAUUGCGGCCCUGAUGUCAUCCUUGACCUCCAUCUUCAACAGCGCCAGCACCAUUUUCACCAUGGACCUCUGGCGGCAUUUCAGGCCUCUGUCUUCCGAAUGGGAACUGAUGAUCGUUGGCAGGGUGUUUGUCCUGCUCCUCGUGGUUGUGUCCAUCCUCUGGAUUCCGCUGGUCCAGGCCAGCCAAGGCGGCCAGCUUUUUAUUUACAUCCAGUCAAUCAGUUCUUACCUACAACCUCCUGUGGCCGUAGUCUUCAUCCUGGGGUGCUUCUGGCGUAGGACGAAUGAAAAGGGUGCAUUCAGUGGCCUCUUGGUCGGGAUGGUACUGGGCCUGAUCCGGAUGGUGCUGGAUUUUGUCUACAUGCUGCCACGAUGCGACGAGCCAGACAGCCGGCCGGCUGUGGUGAAAUAUGUCCACUAUCUCUACUUCUCCAUCAUCCUGUCUGUCGUCACGUUGGUGGUGGUGGUGGUGGUCAGCCUCUUGACAGAGCCUCCGACGGAAGGAAUGGUCAGCCGUCUUACGUGGUUCACCCGCAAGGAUGUUCCAGCAGUGAAGGACCGCCCCUUGCCCGAGGCUUCCCCUCCUCCUGCAGUGCAGCUCAGCGUUAGCGACGGCCCAGAAAACGUUUGCAACGACAAGACAAGGAUCGUUGUCUCACCGUUGACUGUCUCCUCUCCAGGUACUUUGGGUGGCAAGAAGGCUUCUAAACUGAUGAGGCUGUUUUUGUGGGUCUGUGGGAUGGACAGCAGAGAAAGAGACACUCCUAUAGCUGCCAAAGCUGAAGUCCCUAUGGCUCCCCCCAAAGAAGCGCCGUGGGUGAAACACGUCCUCAACAUCAACUUGAUCUUGUGCUUAAGUGCUGGCAUCUUCCUCUGGGGUUACUUCGCAUAG